GUUCUUUCCAAGUCCAAAAACAGCACCUAAAAUUCCAGCUUCUGUAUCUUAGGUAGGUACUUAGGUAUUUCAAGCACGUCAUGAAUGACUACAACAUAGACAUCUACUAUCAGUCUCUAUCGCAGCUUGACCAUUCUACCCUCUUUGCCUCGCCGAUGGGUUUUGGCGUUUACCAUGCCCUUAACAGUUUCAUCGCGUUGGGCUCCGAACCCCGAACAGCUGCGCACAGCCUAGAUAUUCUCCGGGUGCAAAAUCAAGAACCCACCCCAAGACUUUUCCGGCAAUUCUGGCGAGCCUUUCUUGAAGUCGUCUGCCAGGUACCAUGGUUUGACGGCCGCCAACAAAAACUCGUAGAAAUAAUUUCGCAUUUGAUCUCUUUCCCAUCCCCUACACAGCCAGGACGAUCCUUCUGGGCUGACCUACCGGAAUUAAAAUAUGUUGUUCAAGAGCUAUGGAGCACACCGGGCAACGGCGGUAACAACGGAGACAAGUAUCGAAGAUGGGUUAACCUGAACGCAUUUAUCGCUCGGCUUUACAGCGCAAAUAUUGUCGAAUGGUACGACUUUGGGAUCUAUUCCGUGCGUCGCGCAUCGGAACGCUCCCAUUAUCCCUCAUUCGAGGCCAGGGUAUGUCAUAUGUUUGCUGCCGCGACGUGGAUGACUUAUUCGGCCCCCAAACUAUUCCUCUUGACACAGACUCCCAUGACCGACGAAGGCCGAGCCGCAUUUGCAAACACGGGGUAUGUAGUUUUUGACAACCCGGAGUUCUACGGGACGACCAUCAUUACCGUGGCUCGCUGGAUCCAAUGGAAACGUUGGUUUCGCAAUAAUUCGAUAACGGGAUGGGACUUGUCUUUUACCGCCUAUACGCAUAUGAAUAACGCUGAUGGAGGUAUAGGCAUGGAAGAUUUGUAUAUGCUGAGGCCAUUUGACUAAGAUCUUGGUGAUGUGGAAGACAGAUUUACGAUGUGCCAUCCUCGUAUGUCGGGUUAUAGGUAGGUUAUCUCGGCUUUCCUAGUUGCUGAUAGCAGAGCGGAGCCGAGGAGCAUAGUUUUACUUGACAGCCU